UUGUUAGACGGAGAGAGACUGAAGAUGUCCGAAAGAGUUUCUUUCUCCGCACUUCGAGAUACUCUAAAUAGUCCAGAGUAUGAAGAACAACCUGUUGUAUCAAACUCUGCAGAUGCUACCUUGAGAAGACAAGAAAAAGAAAUACAAAGAUUGAAGAAGGCCAACUUUAACUUGAAGCUUCAAGUCUUCCACUUGGAGGAAAAGCUAGGACUGCUACCAAACGACUUUGAAGGUGAUACGACAAAUAAGUCAACACUGAGUAUGGAAGACUCAGGACUACAAAGCCCCAAAGCCAACCUGCUUCAAGUACUUGAAGAAAAGGAACGAGAAGUCGCACAACGUGACGAACUACUUAAAAAAGCUCGAAAAGUAAUCUUCUCUUUGCAAGAGAAAAUCAAGGAGUUGUAUGAAAGAAAACAUUCGCUACAUAAUGCUUCCGUAGUCAAGGAACAAAUUGCAAAUGGAGAUACAAACAACAACUUUCUGAAGCCUGACAAUACUUGGCCAAGUUCUUUGUCGGAAACUUUUCAGGUAUUUCGCAAACGAUGGAAUCUUCUUGCCGAAAACUUUCCAAAUGAAAUGUCUCAAAUACCAAAGGAAGCUAUAGUUUCGCAUGAUUGGGCUGCUUUGGAGAAUAUUUUUCAUCAUGUCAUAGAAUCUUUGCCAUUAUUCCAAAACUUGGCAAAAAAUUCAGACAAUAGUGAAUUUCAAUCUCCUAAAUCAUCGAAUGACAACCAAAAAUCUCCAAAAUUUGCUCACGACUACGAGUUUGAUGGUAGAAAAUCGAAUCAAGUAAUGAAACCAAGGGCUUAUAGCAAUCCACCUUCUCCACUAGAAAUGGAUAUAAAAAAUGCCCAUGGACCUCGGAGAUCUCCGGAAAAAACUCAUAGUAACCAAAACACUCCAACCCGACACAGUUGGGAUGCAGAGUAUGUCCCAGUCCGAAAGCUUCAAGAUAUAUUGUCAUGCUUUGCAGAAAUACCUGAACUUAGGUUGUCCCAAAUAUCUCCUCGAUCAAAACUUCAAAGCGAUGACAUUAUAAGAUACCUAAAGAUGAUAUAUGAGCAGACGUUCAAUCUCCAAGAAAAAGUACUAAAAUGUCAAGAUGAGAUUCAGUAUAAGGAAGCACGAGUUGAAGAUGCCUUGGUAGCAAAGAGGCAAGCUGAAGAAUCACUGCUAGCUCUCCAUGAAGAACGAGAACAGCUGUUACAACAAGCGGGAAGUGUUGAGACACAAUUAGAUGAAACGAUAUAUUAUUACCGAAAUGAGAAUGAGAAACUAUUGGAUGAGUUACAAAAAUCCAAGGAAGAACUUCAAGAAGCGCAAGCUUUCUAUAAAGAUAAGCUUACUGGACAUACAGAAGAGUUGGAAAAACAACGAGAAUAUUAUGAAGCUGAAAUUGCUCGUAUUUCUGAAGAGCUAGAAGAAACAAGGAGUCAGCUGGAAGAGUCUCAAAAGCAUUAUCAAGAUAUUCUUGAGCGACAAACGAAUGAAUUCAAUGAAAUGCAAGAAAAUUACGAAAACCAAAUAGCCGAUCUUUCUGAAGAGUUUGACCAACGUACGAAAGAAUUAAAAGAGAAGCAACGUGUAGUUGAAGCGGAGGUCAAUCGUCUCACGGAAGAGUUGGAACAAGUAACAAACCAACUAGAUGAAACUGAGCGCCACUAUCAAGCUGAAAAUGAGGAACUUGUUGAAGAACUUGAUCGAAGAACAAAAGAAUUGCAAGAAUUACGAGAUAAUAAGGAAGCAGAAACUGUCCGACUGUCUCAGGAGCUAGAUCAGAUGGGACUCAAACUAGAAGAACUGAAGAAUCAAUAUCAAGAUGAGCGAGCUCAAAAGCUCGAAGAGUAUGAGAAACAGAGAAAUGAAUGGGAACGAACAAAGGAAGAAUAUGAGAUGGACAUUGCAAGAAUUUCUGUAGAGCUCCAACAAACAAGGAAUGAGAACAAGAACAUGCACAGUUGUCAUGAAGAAGAAAUGGCACGAUUAAAUGAGGAAUUACAUAGACAAACGAGUGAGAUGGAAGAAGCGAAACAAAGAUAUGAAAGUGAAGUCAACCAACUUUCAGAACAACUCGAAAAAACAAAGCAACAGCUUGAAGAAAGCGAGAGUCACUACCGGUUGGAAAAUGAACGUAUCUCCAACGAGCUACAACAAGUCAGUAAGAGACUAGAAGAAGAAUUAUCCAAAGCCGAACAACACGCAGCACUCUCACAAAUGUUAAAUGAAUACGAAGAGUGGUUGAGUGUUUUACAGACUGAUAAUGAACAUCAUUUCCAGCGAGGUCAGCCAGUGGACUGUGUUCUACGACGAACUCUUCUUUCCGAAAUAGAUGAACAAAAUAACAGGCUUACUCAAUACGAAUCACAGUUAGAGCAACUAAAACACGACUACAAUUGUUUGGUAAAGGAAAAGACAUCUUUGAGCUCAUCGAAUCAAGAAAUUGAGGAAGAGAGCAGAAUUUAUAGAGAGCAACUUGAAAUGGUUCAAAAAGAAAAAGAAGAGUUGAAAGUGAAUCAAGAAGAACUUCAAUUCCAGAACGCCUCUUUAAAACAACAAGCGCAGCUAAUUGCACAAGAGUUGGAAAAAUGUCGAAACGAAUUAUGUACAAGUAGAGAAGAGGCAAAGAAGUUGAACUUGAAAAUAAGCGAAGAAGCAAUCAUAGAAGAAAACUUGCGCAAACGAAACGAAAUUAUAGAGCGUGAAUUGAAAUGCAUCACUGAAGAAAGAGAUUCACUGAGGCGAGCCAUUGAUACCUAUAAAGAACAAAUUGAAUCAAUGACCUUGGAAGUAUCGACGUUGCGUACAAACUUGACAUCCCUUGAACAAUCGUAUCGAAGCAAGGAAGAUGAACUUGAAAAUGCUUUGCAAGAUAAACAGCAAAUAUCGAAACAAAUCGAUAUAGUUAGAGAAGAAUUAGAAACUGCUUUAAAGAAAUAUGAGAACCAAAAUGGGAUAAUGGCUGAAAUGGAAAUCAGCUUAUCAGAAAAACAACAUACCAUCGAGAAAUUGCAAGAAGAACUAGUGCAGAAACAAACACAGCUGAACUUGCUAAGUAAAGAGCUGGAGGAAAGCAGCUCAGAACAUGAGAUUCUACAACAAAAGAUUGCCAAGCUUGAAUCAGAUCAAUCCGAUUUGACCAGGCAGCUUGAAAGUGCCUCGAAGCCGAAAUCAACAGCUUCUGAAGAAUUUGCGACGAAACCGUCAGAGAGUGAAAAAUCUCAGCUGAGACUCUACGAGUCAACUGGUGUUCAAGCAUCUCAACAGACUACACAUUCGGUUCGUUCCAACGAGAACGAUACACCUAGUCAAAUAGAAGCCACUCUCGAACAUAAUUCUAUAGCUGUAUUCGAACAAGUUAAUUCUUCUCAGCAACCACAGGUUAUUAAGGAAUCAAAUACGGAAGCAGAACCUAUAGUUGCGUCAAGUUACGACCAACACUCUGAAACAGGUCUUCCAACGGAUCUCCCUAUUUCCCGAGAUAAAACUGAACUAGAGCAGCUACUAAGGCAACGAGACUAUGAAAAUCUGGUUUUACAGCAAGAGACCGAGUCAUAUUAUGAAGAGUGGAAAAAGAUGGAGAAAGAAAGUGAAUUGCUUCGUUCCAUGCUACAAAGUUUGGAAGACGAACAAAUCCAAAUCAGGAAAUGUGCACUAGAAUUACGGGAAGCUAUGGAAGACUUGUUUGAAGCAAAUUCUGCAGACUUUCUUUCCGUCAAGCAGAAUCUACAACAAUAUUUCAAUCGAUUGUUCGAAAAGUUGAUGAUAGAGGCGUCGUACUCUGCUACAGAAUGCAAGGACUCUUUAGGACAUACUACUUUUCAAGUCAACUCGAUUGGAAAGAGAGUUGCUAACGAAAGUGACUGGACUGAUUCCAAAGACCUAGAUGAUAGCUGCCAACAAGUGUUCUCUCUUUUCUCAUAUGAACUGCAGAACCUACAAGCAGCUAUGCAACAACUAUCUGAAAAUGUUCCUUCCUAUAUUAAUUGUGAAAAUGGCUCUGUUCAAUGUAGUAACCUUUUACCUGAUAUGACACUUUCCGGUCAUUCUGUAGAAUUUGAAGAGUUGGGCUCGUAUAUCCGACAACUCACCCAGCUGUUGUCUGUGUUUAGGAAAAUUUCUAUUGCAGCCAAGCAAGCACUGCAAUCAGAAAUGUCUCUUGGAAACAUUUCUGUGUACGAGGUUUCGCAGCCUGUAUUUGGAAAUUCAACCACUACUGACGUAGAUUUCGGAUGUCAUUUUUCACACAACUCUUUACCGCAAGCUAGCGAUGCCAAGAAACUCUUGGAUCGGAACGAAAUAGAGACGAUUUCUCAAGUUGCUAUAGACGCUCUUGCUACGAAGAAAUAUUUGAUGGAAAGCAUGGAAAGCUUCAACGUGCAAGUUGAACAAGUUCUUUCGUCUGUAGCGAAGCGAAUAGAUUUUAUUUCAGAAAAGCAAAGGAGUCUUGGAAAGUAUUUGAAAUCUCGCCAUCCUUUGCCAAAGGUAUCAAGUCCUUUGAAGCCAGAUGUGUCUGGAGAGAAUUUGUUGGGCAUUCAUUUAAGUACAUCAAUGCACAAAUCUGAACAGCAUACUUGGGAAGAUGUUGCUCUUAAACAGAUUGAAGAAACACAGCGGCUCAUCAAUUCUGCACAUCAAAGAUUGGCUUGGGAGAAAGCUCGUCUUAUUCAGUCAGUCUUUGGACACUUUCAUGAAUAAGUAUCUCUGAUAAUAAUAGCCUGUACCUAUGACUCUAGUCUCAUAUAUCACUUUAGAACAGUAAAUAACCAAUACAAUAUAUAUUCUGGAUUAUCAUUUCAUGUGACAAGUAUAUCUCUCAUUCGGAAUAUACUUGCGUAGAAAUGACAAAAUAUCUUAUCUAGCGUCGGUGCAUACUUCGACAUUUUUUAUACUGGAUUUCGGAAAGAAUCCAUGCCUUUGUCGCUCCCGUCCCAAACUUGUACUUCCAUUUUCUACUUGCUAGUAUCUCGAGUAAACAAUUGAAAUAAGUAUUUGAAACUUGAUUUUUGCUCAUCCGUUUUCUUAUUGACU